AUGGCUGAAUCUACUGGUAAAAAUCGAUCAUCUGAUCGAUUUACGUCAUCUUCCAAAUCCACAGGGAGCAACGGCGCAGCUGAGAAAGUGAUGCAAAGAUCAGUGCAGCAAAUGAGGGAAAACGUGGAGCGGAUGAGAUUGACCGAAGGUGCUCUGGUCGAUUCAAGUGGGAAGAUAAGUGACGUUAAUAAAGAAUAUGCGGAUAAUUAUUCGGGAGCGCUGAAGACUGCGAGCGAAGCGAUGACUAGUCUGAAGAGAAAAAUUGAUACUGAUGACAAAUUCAUUUGGUGGUCUUUCAUAUUUUUCAUUGCUGUUUGUGUAUUUAUCAUUUUGAAACGGCUGAUGAUAUUUUCUCUGUCUGCAUGGGUGUUGGCGAUGAUCUCGAAACCAAUAAUGUUUGGAUAUCGAGAAGUUGUCGAGCCGGUGUAUCGAACUUUGGUUGGUGACACGGAGGUGAUUCCGGGAGUGGAAGAAUUGUAG